CUUUGCUCUUUCCUUUUCCGGUUUUUAGGCAGUAGUAAUGUUGGGGACACACUCCCUACUGGGCAGCUCUCCAAUAUCCCAUGGCGCCGAGCAGGGGUAAAGUAUACAAACAAUGAAGCCUAUUUUGAUGUCGUUGAAGAAAUAGAUGCAAUUAUAGAUAAAUCAGGAUCUACAGUCUUUGCAGAAAUUCAGGGGGUUAUUGAUGCUUGCAUUAAGUUAUCUGGAAUGCCUGACCUUUCCCUUUCUUUUAUGAACCCAAGGCUUCUAGAUGAUGUCAGUUUCCACCCCUGUAUCCGGUUCAAGCGUUGGGAAUCUGAAAGAGUUUUGUCAUUUAUUCCUCCAGAUGGAAAUUUCCGACUCAUAUCAUACCGUGUCAGCUCACAAAAUCUAGUGGCAAUACCAGUGUAUGUGAAACACAGCAUCAGCUUUAAGGAAAAUAGUUCUUGUGGCAGAUUUGAUAUUACAAUUGGACCAAAGCAGAAUAUGGGAAAAACUGUUGAAGGAAUCACAGUGACAGUUCAUAUGCCAAAAGUUGUGCUGAACAUGAACCUGACAUCAACACAAGGCAGCUAUACGUUUGAUCCAGUUACCAAGGUCUUGACAUGGGAUGUGGGGAAAAUUACUCCACAAAAGCUUCCAAGUCUUAAAGGACUGGUAAAUUUACAAGCUGGAGCACCCAAGCCAGAAGAGAAUCCAAGCCUCAACAUACAGUUCAAGAUUCAGCAGCUUGCUAUUUCAGGCUUAAAAGUAAACCGCUUGGACAUGUAUGGGGAGAAAUAUAAGCCAUUUAAAGGAGUCAAGUAUGUCACAAAAGCUGGAAAGUUCCAAGUGAGGACAUGAGAAGAGGCCAAAAUUCUUCAAGAUCUGUUUGUUUUCCAACUGUCAUUACAGUUUAUUACUAUUAGGUACCAAGUGGGUGGGAAUACAUAUUCUAGUUAAAGCAUUUUUGUCAAGCCACACACCGCUAACAAAGUUGCUUAGUAAUCAAUGUAGGAUCCUAAAGGAGCUUUUAAGCUAAGGAAAAUUUUGAAUAACUUAGCUUAUUUUAUAUCUUUUCAACUUAGGACGAUUUUAGAGGUGAUUUCCUCCAUAAGGGGGCACCAGCUGGAGGCUGCACAUUUUAACAGUAAAGGCAGAAGUCUACAGUGAUAACCUGUCUCCUAAAAGAAGUAAACUGGUCUCAGCCAGCAGGAGCUGUCUUAAUCUGUAGUGUGAUGUAUCAGGUGCACCCAAGUGUCACACCUGAUCUUAGCCAUCCCUAAUGGCAUAUGUCCCAACAGAGGAAAUUCCCCCACCCCAAGAAGUUUACAGAAAACUGCCUCUUCAAGUGUUUGCCUUAUUCAGCUUUUCACUUGUGCCAUUAAGCAAGCACUGUAGCAGAAGCCACUUCCACAUGGCCCUGGCAGGGAGCACUGCUGCUCUAUGCUCCAUUCUCACUGUACUUGGUAUUUGGUAUUGUAUUUUUUAUAAAUAAGAUUUUUAUGUAAAGCUCAGAUUUUGAUUUACAGGGAUCUUGCUGGAUUAAGUACCAUCUCAGUUUUGUGCCACUGGUUCUGCUGUUAGCACAGUAAAAAUUAUUUGUAUCAAAGGGGUGAAUGCUUUAUUAAGAUAAUAAAAGGGAACACUACUUCUGCUUUUAGGAAAUUAUUGCAAGCACAAGCAUUUGAGAUUUUAAGCAAGUUAUAGUAAAAGAGAAGCUUAAGUGAACCAUUACCAUCUUCAUAUUUUAUAAAGUUUAUCCAACACCACUUAAACCAUAGUUAGCCUAAAGGCCUCAUGCCCUAGUUCAGAUAAAGGAGGAAAAUGUACCUGCCUCACUAUUGUUGACAGUUGGGGGGUUG